AUGGAGGCAGGGGAAGGGCUGACACCGUACAAGGAGCGUAGAGAUCUCGUGGAGGAUAUCGAUGACUUCUCUUGCAGCCUGUCGCUUGUCGUCCUGGGGAGCCAUGUCAGAAGCUAUAAUGAAGACGAAGACGAAGACGAAGAGAACGAGCAGCUGGAGAGUCCCCAGCACAGAGGAGAGAUGGCAGAGUCGCCUCUUGUCAUCGGGGAUAUCCACGCCCUGGGCCAAAAUGAGGCGACUGCCACCAUCGAAGCCAUCUCGCGCAUCGAGCGGCGCACAUUCCCGACCUCUGAAGCGAUGCAGUUCGACGUGAGCCUGUGGAGGAAGAAGCCGAACACGCGAGUCAUCUACGGCAAGACGACGAUGGCGGCGGCGGCGGCGACGUCGAUGACAUCGAAAGUGAUAGCCUACGCAGUCUACGUCCGGGUGAAGGAAAAGGCACUGCUACAUAAGAUAUGUGUCGAGGGCGGCCAUCGCGGCCAGGGCCUGGGGAGACAGAUGAUGGUGUAUAUCGAGGAUCGACUGCGCAGAGAAGGAUGCCAGGCUGUUCACCUGUGGGUUGACGCUGCCAGGACGCCGGCUCGAAGACUGUAUAGCAGCCGCGGGUUCGAGGAGACGGAGACGGUGGACGACUACUACGGGAGAGACAGGACCGGUAUCAAGAUGGUUCUUGACCUGACCCGUUGA